CUCAUAUACCUUCUGCUAUUCUAGCCUAAUUUUGUCUUUUCUUCAAGUUUAGCUAUAUGUCAUUGGGCACAAACGAAGAGAAAGAGCAUAACAGGUUGUUAGAUUGUUAUUUAUGCCUAUUCUUUUGAUCUCAAACCACUACCGGAAAUUGUUCAGACGCAAUCAUUGGUAACAGCAGAUCUGUAUUUAACUUAUAAAAUGGUAGCUUUCUUUUGUCUUUUUUCCGCAUGAUUGCCUUUUUAACUCUUUACCUCCGGACGUGUAAUAUAUCUUGAAUCCUUUUUGACUAAACAUUUUUUAAACCAGAUAUACUUCCUCUGACCUGGCAUUUAUUUUUAUUUUUUGAGAAUUGGCCAACUUCAUUAAACUUAAUCACCAACCAGAUUACAAUCAAGUUCCAGGACGCUAGGGGGGAUCAUCAGGAACAGUACCAAAUGUAAUGAAACCACCCGUUCGCCUAGCAUAGGCUGCUAGUUCAUGAGCUAACUUGUUCAAGUCUCUUUUGAAUUUCAGCAUCUCGUUCUUAGCAUCAGCAAUGAAAGGGAAGAUACCUGAUGUGGUUAUUUCUGGUGAUUGCAAAGCGUUGAAAACUGUGGAAAUAGAAACUGUAUCUUGCAGACAAACAUUUAAGCCCAAAUAGCUAGCACUCCCAUUGCAGUCCUGAAACCGACGCCCAGCAGCCACAGCGACAGUGCCCAAGUGAUUUCUUGCAACCUCCUCAAUACCCUCCUUGAAUCAGGGAUAUUAUGUGUAGUAGGAUUAAACUUUUUUGAAAUGGACAUGCUUACCUAGAAUUGCAAGAAAGAUACCCUCCUUUCCAAAAUACUAGUUUCAAAAAACGUUCUACAUUAUGGGAUGGAGGGAGUACUUGUUGUGGUUUUAUUUCUAUAAAAAACUAGAACCACGACAAGUAUUUUGGAAUGGAAGGAGUAGUUAUGUAUUUGGAUUAGAUGUGACUUGUAGUUCUAGGUAGAGAAUUCAGUCAUAAAGCUAGAUAUUUUGUCUGUAACUUAAAUAGAGGAGAAGGCAGGAAGGCACCAGAAGGGGACGCAGUCACCGCCCUAGGUGCCGACCCAUCAGAGAUGCAGUUGAUGAUGGCGCAGCGUAGAAGACGACAGAAGCACAAGAGUUCAAAUUCAGUCGUCAUCGUCCGCUUCACUCCCGCUAAGACUGAGGGGGAAUGUUAGAAGUAUAAUUAUGUUUAUUAAGUUAGAGAUUAGGAGUUAGAGGUAUGAUUGGUUUAAACCAUGUACGACUUGUCCCCUACUUCAAGUCUCUCUCUCAUAUUGUGCUCUAUAUAGAUAUCUCACACCUGGGUCAGAUCAGCACAACACAAAAACAAUAUUCUAGGCGUCCAAUAUAAUAUAUUUUCUACAUAACUCUAGUAUAGUUUUGUUAGAAACCUCGAGUGAUCUAAAAGUAGUAGCAUGCCUUAUGCUUUCUAGUUUCCAGCAAUAUAUCGUCGGAUUAGUAGCAAAAUCCUAACUGCGGGUGCCAGAGUGCAUGUACAAAUGUAGAACAGCUCAACCACCUCUUUCAUCAUUCCUUUGGGGCUCAAAACAACGUGGGAUCCAAGCCAGCAUGCAUGGUGGUGUGAUUUCCUCUAUAUAUACCCCCAUCUUUCAUUCCUUUGGGGCUCAUUCUCAUUGCAAUCACUUAGACACCACACACACACACUCUCCAUGCAUGCAUGAUCCUGCAAGCAAGCAAUUGCAAGCAGCAGAGGAUCUAUCAAGAAUUAAUGCCUAUGCAGCUGUGUCAUCCUUGCCUUGCUGUGUAUGGCAUUCUUUUGCUUCUUUGUUGGCCAUUCGCUUGUGCCCAUGCUUAUGCAUCUCAGAGCCGGCUUGUCCCUGGCAAGCCGCUCUCCCCUGGGAGUGUCGUCGUCUCCCAAGAUGGGGUGUUUGCCCUGGGAUUCUUCUCCACCGAUGGGGAUGGGGAGAAGCGGCAGCGCCACUAUGUGGGCAUAUGGUACAACAGCAUCCCGGAGCGCACCGUGGUAUGGGUUUCUAACCGUGCGGCGCCCAUCACCACUAACCUUUCCUCUGCAAAUCUUGCGGUGACCAGCAGCUCCGGCAUAGUGCUGUCUGAUAGCGAUGGCCGUGCCGUGUGGACAACCAACAAGAGCAUCAGCAUCAGCGCGAGCGCGAGCGCGAGCGCGAGCACGGUGGAAGCAGUGUUGGACAACACCGGCAACUUCAUCCUUCGGUCGUUGGCCGACAGUGCCAUACUAUGGCAAAGCUUCGACCACCCUACCGACACCCUCCUCCCCGGCAUGAACCUGAGGCUGAGCCACAAGACGCUCCCACUGCAGCACCUCGUGUCGUGGAAAGGGCAGCAGGACCCAUCCCCCGGCGAGUUCUCGUACGGCGCGGACCCUAGCAACCUCCUCCGGUGCUUCGCCUGGAACGGGUCGAGGCCACACCGGCGAAGCCCGGUGUGGACAAGCCACCUCUACAUGGGCGGAUUCAACGAGUCGGCCAUUUACAUGGCCUUGCAUCACGCCGGCGACGAGGUGUACAUGUCCUUCGGCAUGCCGGCUGGCUCCUUCGUCCAGCUGGUGAGGUUGGAGAUCGACUACUCAGGCAAGGUAAAUAUACUAAGCUGGCAGAGCAACAUGUCCGCAUGGAGGGCCCUGUACGCAGAGCCUCAACAUGAGUGCAAUACGUACGGCUACUGCGGUCCUUAUGGUUACUGCGACAACACACAAAUCGUCCCGGUUUGCAAGUGCCUUGACGGUUUUGAACCGAGGGAUGCUAAAGGAUGGAUCUCCGGUAGCUUCUCACAGGGAUGCCGCCCCAAGGAGGUGCCAAGGUGCACCCAUGGAGACAGUUUCUUGGCCUUUCCGGGCAUGAAGGUCCCGGACAAGUUCCUUCGUGUCCCGAGCAGAAGCUUUGAUGAGUGCACCGAGGAAUGCAGAAGCAAUUGCUCCUGCGUGGCAUAUGCUUACUCCAAGAUGAGCAACAUAGAUAUUGACGGGGAUGACACAAGAUGCCUGUUAUGGAUAGGCGAUUUUAUCGACAUGGAGAACAACCAUCAAGGAGGGGAGAACCUCUAUGUUCGGACUAAAAGAUUGCAAGGCAAUCAAGGAAGCAAGCUUGUCUGGGAAAGGUUGAUGCGUCGAGAUACAGGAAAUUACAAUCAGUUCGCUGAUGGUAACACGGAGUUUCCCAUUUUGAACUUUAGGGAAAUUGCUACCGCGACAAAUAAUUUCUCUGAAUCCAACAUUCUUGGCAAAGGAGGGUUUGGCAAUGUUUAUAAGGGAACGUUGGAAGAUGGUAAGGAAAUUGCUGUGAAAAGGCUUCGUGUAGGUUCUGUCCAAGGGGCAGUGGAGUUCAAAAAUGAAAUAGCUCUGAUUUCCAGGUUGCAGCAUAGAAACUUGGUCAAACUUAUAGGCUGCAGUAUUCAUGAAGACGAAAAGUUUUUGAUUUAUGCAUACCUACCUAACCGAAGUCUGGAUUACUUCAUUUUCAAUGAUAGAAGAAAAUCACUGCUCAAUUGGCCCACAAGAUUUAAGAUAAUCGCUGGUGUAGCCAGGGGACUUCUUUAUCUCCACCAAGAUUCCAGAUUGACGAUGAUCCAUAGAGAUCUCAAAGCAAGCAACAUAUUGUUGGAUGCUGAGAUGAUCCCCAAAAUAUCAGAUUUUGGUACGGCUAGGAUCUUUAGUGUCAAUCAACACGAAGGACAUACAAAUCGAGUUGUUGGAACAUUCGGAUACAUGUCGCCUGAAUACGCAAUGGAAGGCAUCAUCUCCGUCAAAUCCGAUGUUUACAGCUUUGGCAUAUUAGUUCUAGAGAUUGUGAGUGGCAUGAAGACCGGCGCCACAACCCCGACAAGCUCACGCGCGCGCACUCAUAAUCUUAUAGAUUAUGCGUGGAGCUUAAUGAAGGAUGGGAAAGUGAUGGAUCUAAUCGAGUCAUCCAUCGUUGAGGGUUGCUCUCUCGUUGAAGCUCUACGAUGCAUCCAUAUCGGACUCUUGUCGGUGCAGGACGACCCAGAGGCUCGCCCCCUCAUGUCUUGGGUGGUAGCAAGCCUGGAUAAUGAAGACAUUGAGCUCCCGCAGCCAAAAGAGCCUAUGUGCUUUGCACACCGUAACUACGGAGCCGGGGAAAGCCAUGUGCAUGAUAUGAGCCUCGUAAACCUCAAGGGGCGCUAGAAAAUCCUGCCUUGUCCUUGACUUGUGACCUCAUAUCUUCAUACACGUACCUGCUCAGUGCUAUUCUACUUUACACUGGAUGAGCUCUGUUAAAGCUGGGAUUGUAAUUUUAUAUGCUUGUAAUAUGUGCUCAUAUGUAACCGCCGAGUGUCCGUGGCACCCGGCGUAUAGGUCGACUCCAGUAGUGAACUGUAAUGUGUAAUAUUAUUCUGACUUCUUUUA